AUGCCAGAAGGUAAUGGACCAUAUAAUUCAUCAGAUGCACGUAAUAGUUCAUUCAUUGAAAGUGAAGAAUUAGAAAUUACUGAUCUUACUGAUGGUAUGGAGUGUAUUAAAGAGUUUUGCUUUAAUUACAUCAUCAUUGUUGAGGAACGUGACUACGGAAUGCUUUUUCUUGACUGUUACGGUCGCAUAUUUGAUUGGGAUCAUAUUAAUUUUUUAUUAUGGUCACUCGGAAAUUAUUUUGAGAAUAGACUGGAUGAACCUAAGAAUGUGGCAUGGGGUGUAGGCGAAUGGGACUAUUACUGA